ACCAUAACGAGAGGAGGGGAAAACGCAUGCAUUUCAGGACUUCGCUUUCGGGUUCCCUUGCCUUGUGUUGUGUUAUGCCCCUAUUAUGGCACGAACAGAUACUUUUUAUUAGCCGAAGCUAAAUAUAGUGGAACUUCGGCUGAUCCCGAGCUCGGAGGACAGCCGGCGUGAUCCGUUUCCCCCCGCGGAUCGAGGUGGUGCGCUCUGGACGGGGCUGUGCAUUCUAGCGGCGCCUGGGCGGACGAGCCAGCAAACAACCCCGCUGCGACCCAGAGAUGCUGCUCCCGGCGUCCGCGCUGCGCCGCGCCCUCCUGUCCCGCCCCUGGACCGGGACCGGGCUGCAGUGGAAGCACACCUCCUCCCUGAAGGUGGCCAACGAGCCCGUCUUAGCCUUCACGCAGGGCAGCCCUGAGCGAGAGGCCCUGCAAAAGGCCUUGAAGGACCUGAAGGGCCGGACGGAAGCCAUCCCAUGCGUGGUGGGGGAUGAGGAGGUGUGGACAUCGGACGUGCAGUACCAGGUGUCGCCUUUUAACCAUGGACACAAGGUGGCCAAGUUCUGUUACGCAGACAAGAGCCUGCUCAACAAAGCCAUCGAGGCUGCCCUGGCUGCCCGGAAGGAGUGGGACCUGAAGCCUAUUGCAGACCGAGCCCAGAUCUUCCUGAAGGCGGCAGACAUGCUGAGUGGGCCUCACAGGGCUGAGAUCCUCGCCAAGACCAUGGUGGGACAGGGUAAGACCGUGAUCCAAGCGGAGAUUGACGCUGCAGCGGAACUCAUCGACUUCUUCCGGUUCAACGCCAAGUAUGCGGUGGAACUGGAGGGGCAGCAGCCCAUCAGCGUGCCCCCGAGCACCAACAGCACGGUGUACCGGGGUCUGGAGGGCUUCGUGGCGGCCAUCUCGCCCUUUAACUUCACUGCAAUAGGCGGCAACCUGGCAGGGGCACCGGCCCUGAUGGGCAACGUGGUCCUGUGGAAGCCCAGUGACACCGCCAUGCUGGCCAGCUAUGCCGUCUACCGCGUCCUCCGGGAGGCCGGCCUGCCCCCCAACAUCAUCCAGUUUGUGCCAGCGGAUGGGCCUCUAUUUGGGGACACUGUCACCAGCUCAGAGCACCUCUGUGGCAUCAACUUCACAGGCAGUGUGCCCACCUUCAAACACCUGUGGAAGCAGGUAGCCCAGAACCUGGACCGGUUCCGCACCUUCCCACGCCUGGCUGGAGAGUGCGGCGGAAAGAACUUCCACUUUGUGCACUGCUCGGCCGACGUGGACAGUGUGGUGAGCGGGACCCUGCGCUCAGCCUUCGAGUACGGCGGUCAGAAGUGUUCCGCUUGCUCGCGUCUCUACGUGCCACACUCGCUGUGGCCGCAGAUCAAAGGGCGGCUGCUGGAGGAGCACGGUCGGAUCAAAGUGGGCGACCCUGCAGAGGAUUUUGGGACCUUCUUCUCUGCAGUGAUUGAUGCCAAGUCCUUUGCCCGUAUCAAGAAGUGGCUGGAGCACGCGCGCUCCUCGCCCAGCCUCACCAUCCUGGCCGGGGGCAAGUGUGAUGACUCCGUGGGCUACUUUGUGGAACCCUGCAUCGUGGAAAGCAAGGACCCUCAGGAGCCCAUCAUGAAGGAGGAGAUCUUCGGGCCUGUACUGACUGUGUACGUCUACCCGGAUGACAAGUACAAGGAGACACUGCAGCUGGUUGACAGCACCACCAGUUAUGGCCUCACGGGGGCAGUGUUCUCCCAGGAUAAGGACGUCGUGCAGGAGGCCACAAAGGUGCUAAGGAAUGCUGCCGGCAACUUCUACAUCAACGACAAGUCCACCGGCUCGGUGGUGGGCCAGCAGCCCUUCGGGGGGGCCCGAGCCUCUGGAACCAAUGACAAGCCAGGGGGCCCACACUACAUCCUCCGCUGGACGUCGCCCCAGGUCAUCAAGGAGACACAUAAGCCCCUGGGGGACUGGAGCUACGCGUACAUGCAGUGAGCCCUGCUCGGACUCCACCGUCCUGCUGUCUGUCUGUCCAGGCAGCCGACCUCACUGCACAGACCCCGCUCCAGCCCCUCCACCCCUUCUUCAUGCACAGCUGCCUUUCUAGAAUCCAGGCUUGACCUCCUUCCUACCACCGUAUUCUGGCCUCUCCCACGCCUCAGGCUCUGGUUUGAGACCGUGCUGGGGAGGAACAGGGCCACUACCCCUUAUCCCACUGGCCAUGUGGGAGGUAUGGUGGUGGUGCCUGGCAGGUUCUCUCUGUCCCCUCCACUGGGCCCAGUGGCUCAGGGACCCGGGGGAAGGAGAUGGAGCGGCUCUCGGGAUUCUUUGGGGAAAUGGAGACCAUGCUGGGCCCCUUGGCAAACCUCACCACUCACAGAGGCUCCUGGCCUUGAUCCCUGCCCCUCCAGGUGUCCAGAGUAAAGUGUAACUCAGGUUGACCUGUGGGGCACAGGGGGCACCAGCUGGCCUUACCCUCUCUGGUCUGGGCUGUCUACCUUCCUCACUGUAUCUUUGCCCAGACCCACCUGGGCCAGUAGGCCCCUGUACCCAGCCAUACACCUUAGAUGCCGGCAUGCCUUUCUCCAGCUGCCUGUGUUUGGCCGAGGCCCAUGUGAUUCCUGGUCUGCGCCACAUGGCGGGGCUGGGGGGCCGCUGGAGGCCACCUGCCAAGGCAUGGGAUGGGCCAUGAUUCUGGAAAACCCUGGAUGGGCCUUCGUCCUAUGUCAGCCUUCCCUCGGAUCCUCAGGCCCUACCUCCAGAGACCUCCACUCCUAGAGCCAGUCUCAGGGUCUGGGAUUUCCCUGCAGGAGCUCAGCCACCACCAUGCCAUGGUGACACAGGCCGAGGCAGACAUUGCCCCUCCCUUCUCCCAGUCCCCAGAGGCCUGGCCUUGGGUUCCUCAGCCUGGGCUGAGGACGUUGCCUGUAGAAUCCUCCUCCUCUGCGUGGGAGUGGCUCUGUGUGGACCAGUCCCUCACUGGCCCAUUCUUUUUUUGACACAGCCAAUAUGUGACCACGAUUCCUUCUACAGAUGCCUGCUGCUUGGAUUCUGAGUGGUCAGGGAUCCAUAAAGCAUGACUUUCAAGGACGGUUUUUAGGGCACUGUGAAAGUGUUGGGACUUCCUCCAGGAUGCCUGCAUGGGACCCCCCCUGGAGCUGGUGUGGCCGUUCCCCAAGUGCCACCGGCUCAUGGAUGGGGGUGGGUACCGGUGCCACCUGGGCUGGUUGUGGGUUCUGUGUCCUUCCAGGAUCUGUGUCAUUUCCCAUGAGGGGCCAGGGCAGGUGGCUGGGGGGACACAGGCUGGAGUGUUCUCCAUUCUACUGGUUCUACACUGUGAGGUGGCAAUGGGAUUUGCUCUGAUGCCACCCAAUAAAAUACCUGUUACUUAAUCAAA